UCUAUGAGGGCGAGAGGGCCAUGACAAAAGACAACAACCUGCUGGGUAAAUUUGAGCUGACAGGAAUCCCACCUGCACCACGUGGAGUCCCGCAGAUUGAAGUGACCUUUGACAUCGAUGCCAACGGAAUCCUAAACGUGUCAGCGGUGGACAAAAGCACUGGAAAAGAGAACAAAAUCACCAUCACCAAUGACAAGGGCAGACUGAGUAAAGAGGAGAUUGAGAGGAUGGUGCAGGAAGCAGAUAAGUACAAAGCAGAAGAUGAUCAACAAAGAGAGAAGAUUUCUGCCAAAAACUCUCUGGAGUCUUACGCCUUCAACAUGAAGAGCAGUGUGGAAGAUGAGAAACUGAAAGGCAAAAUCAGUGAGGAUGACAAGAAGAAAGUUAUUGAGAAGUGUAACGAGGUCAUCAGCUGGCUAGAAAACAACCAGCUGGCUAAUAAGGACGAGUUUGAACAUCACCUGAAGGAGCUGGAGAAAGUCUGCAAUCCAAUCAUCACUAAACUGUACCAGGGAGGGAUGCCAGCUGGAGGAUGUGGAGCUCAGGCACAAGCAGGAUCAGGGACCAGUGCUCAGGGGCCAACUAUUGAAGAGGUGGAUUAAAACACCUCAGGAUCUGAAUGGUGCAGGGACUGAUAAAACUGAAAAAAGGCUUGAAAUUUAAGAAGUGAUUUUAAAUAAUAUAUCUUUCAUGUUUUUGUACUGUUACAUGUUGAUGAAUGAUGUUGUGAAACUGUAAAUAAAAUUAUUUUACAUUUUGUA